AUGGCAAACACUCUCAUCUUCGGUGCCUCCGGCAAAGUAGCAAGACACCUCACUCGCCAAUUGGCGGCAGAGGGCCACAAUGUCUUCGGCAUCAUCAGAAAGCCUGAGCAGCAAGACGACGUGAAGUCCCUCGGUGGCAAGCCUAUAGUCCAAAGCAUCGAGGACUCCUCAGUGGACGACAUGGUCAAGACCAUCAAGUCCACCAACGCCAGCACCGUCAUCUGGGCUGCUGGAGCUGGAGCUGGUAAUCCAGAUCGAACCAAAGCUGUCGACAAUGAAGGAGCUAUUCGUAGUAUGGACGCAACUGCCAAAGCUGGCGUCAAGAGGUAUAUCAUCAUCUCAGCGGUCGAUGUAAGGGAUCGUGAGAACAAGCCCAAACCUGAAUGGUAUGAUGAUGAUGAUCUGGAUCGAUCUAAUAAAGUCUGGAAAGCUAUUGGGCCAUACAUGGAGGCGAAAUUCACGGCGGACCGCAGUUUAGUCACGGAGAAUGACCGUAGAGGACUGGCAUACAMCAUUGUAAGACCAGGCGGUUUAUCCGAGGACCCAGGAAAGGGCACAGUUGCUGCUGGCAAGGUGCACAUCAACACCACUAUUCCGCGAGAGGAUGUUGCUUCGGUUGUUGUUGAAGCGAUCAAGCAAGAUGGUACCAUAGGCCUUGCCAUUGAUAUCGUGGGCGGAUCGACACCGAUCAAAGAUGCAAUUGCCGAGGUUGUAAAGGGCAAGGUUGAUACAUUUUCAGGCAGGUACUAG